AUGGAUCCCUCUCCAGAAGCCUACGAGGCAACGCACGUCCACUCCGUCUACAACGCCAUCGCGCCUCACUUCUCCUCCACCCGCCACAAGCCCUGGCCCUUCAUCUCCUCCUUCUUGACCUCCCUACCCCCGGGAAGCAUCGGCCUCGACGUCGGCUGCGGCAACGGAAAGUACCUCCCCGUCAACCCUCUGCUGCACAUCCUCGCCUCGGACCGCAGCGAGGCCCUCGUCCGACUCGCCCGCACGGAGCAGAAGAAGCUUACGGGCCCUGCGUCCCCGCCGCAGGUCGUCGUCGCCGACGCGCUGAGCCUGCCGUAUCGCGAGCGCUCGGUGGACUUUGUCAUCUGCGUGGCUGUGAUUCAUCAUCUGUCGACGAGGGAGAGGCGGCAGGAGGGCAUUCGAGCGUUGCUGGACUGCGUUCAUGGCGGCGGACGGGUGUUGGUGUAUGCGUGGGCGCUGGAGCAAGGAUCUAGUCGGAGGGGGUGGGAUGAAGGGUCGGAGCAGGACGCGCUGGUGCCGUGGGUGAUGCGGUCAAAGGGCAAGCCGGAGGCUACCUUCCAGCGGUAUUAUCACUUGUAUCGCAAGGGGGAGCUGGAGGAGGAUGUUGAGGCGGCGGGAGGAAAGGUCUUGGAGAGCGGGUAUGAGAAGGACAAUUGGUGGGUGAUAUGUAGCAACAGCCAAGCUUGA